AUGCAGAUCUUCAUGAAGACCCUGACAGGCAAGACCAUCACUCUUGAGGUUGAACCCAGUGAUACUAUCAAGAAUGCCAAAGCCAAAAUCCAGGACAAAGAAGGUAUCCCACUAGAUCAACGACGUCUGAUUUUUGCUGGAAAACAGCUAAAAGAUGACCGGACUCUCUCUGACUACAACAUCCAGAAAAAGUCCACUCUGCACUUGGUGCUACGUCUGCGGGGGGUUAUCAUGGAGCCUUCCCUUCGCCAGCUGGCUCAGAAGUACAACUGUGACAAGAUGAUCUGCCACAAGUGUUAUGCCCACCUGCACCCCCGUGCUGUAAACUGCCAUAAGAAGAAGUGCAGCCACACCAACAAUCUGCGCCCCAAAGAAGGUCAAAUAAAGACCAGCCUCAGGACCCGAUUCUGGUUUGGCUCCCCUGACUGAAGUGCUCUUUAGUAGUAUGCUGUAACAAGGCCUUGUUCCUGGGUUUAAUGGGGCUGUGAUAUCAAUAAAAUCCCCUUUCAGUUGAGAA